CUCUGUGGUUCCAGAGUUGGGGGCGGAGAAACAGUGGCCGGGAAUGAUGGCCGAUGAAGAGGAGGAAGCUCUGCACGCCUUGCAGAAAUUACAGGAACUGGUGGAUCAACUGUAUUCAUUUCGAGACUGCUAUUUUGAGACUCACAGUGUUGAGGAUGCUGGGCGGAAGCAGCAGGAUGUGCAGGAUGAGAUGCAGAAGACCCUGCAGCAGAUGGAGGAAGUAUUAGGUUCUGUUCAGGGCAAAGCACAAGCUCUGAUGCUGAGAGGGAAAGCACUGAAUGUGACUCCUGAUUACAGCCCUAAGGCUGAGGAGCUUCUGUCAAAGGCUGUGAAGCUGGAACCUGAUCUGGUGGAAGCCUGGAACCAGCUGGGUGAGGUGUACUGGAAGAAAGGGGAUGUUGCAGCUGCCCACACCUGCUUCUCAGGAGCCCUCACCCAUUGCAAGAACAAAGUCUCCCUCCAAAACCUGUCCAUGGUGCUUCGCCAGCUGCGGCCAGACUCUGGAGAUGAACAUUCUCGCCAUGUCAUGGACAGUGUUCAUCAGGCCAAGUUGGCUGUGCAGAUGGAUGUCCUUGAUGGCCGAUCUUGGUACAUUUUGGGGAAUGCAUACCUUUCUCUUUAUUUCAAUACUGACCAGAACCCUAAGAUCUCCCAACAAGCCCUCAGUGCCUAUGCCCAAGCAGAGAAGGUUGAUAGGAAGGCUUCCAGCAAUCCUGAUCUUCAUCUGAACAGGGCAACGUUACAUAAAUAUGAAGAGAAUUAUGGGGAUGCCCUGGAGGGUUUCUCUCAGGCUGCAGCACUGGACCCUGCCUGGCCAGAACCCAGCCAACGAGAGCAGCAACUUCUGGAAUUCCUCAAUAAGUUAACCAGCCUUUUGGAGAGCAAGGGAAAGAUUAAGCCCAAAAAGCUUCAGAGCAUGUUGGGAAGCUUGCGCCCAGCCCAGCUGGGCCCUUGUGGUGAUGGGCGCUAUUUGUCAGCCUCUGGGCAGAAGGUGACCCUGGAGCUCAAGCCCCUGAGUGCGCUCCAGCCCGGUGUGAACAGUGGUGCUGUGGUCAUGGGAAAGGUGGUCUUUAGCCUAACCACGGAGGAGAAAGUUCCCUUUACAUUUGGCCUGGUAGAUUCCGAUGGUCCUUGCUAUGCCGUGAUGGUGUAUAAUAUGGUGCAGAGCUGGGGAGUGCUCAUUGGAGACUCUGUAGCCAUCCCUGAGCCCAACCUUCGGCUUCACCAAAUUCAGCACAAGGGAAAGGACUAUGCCUUUGCCAGUGUUCGUGUGGAGACGCCCCGCCUGCUGGUGGUGAAUGGAAAACCUCAAGGCUCCAGCAGCCAGGCUGCAGCCAUAGUGGCGUCACGACCUCAGUGUGAAUGACCUUCCCUGACCUGGAUGCGGCGAGGGAGAAAAAGGGCAAAGAUCAGCAAGAGACACGGCUGCUGGAGCAGCCAUACCAGUGCCUCAGCUGGGGUUGCUGGGAUGGGGCAUGUUUUAAAUGAAGAUGUACCUUCCCUUGCCCUGUAAGAUAGUUUGUGUCUUUUCCCCUGUCAUGUUCCUGCUUUUUUUCAGAGCCAAGGACUCCUAAGUUUAUUUCUCCUGCCUCUUUGAAUGCUCUUUUUGAAGUGAAGCACAUAGAAUUGAUAGAAGUAU